AUGCUCCGACCCUCAUCACCUGUUGGUCCCAUCCGAGUUCCAGCCUACAACUUCAUUCGGCACUCCUUGCCUAUUGGAAAUGGAAACAGAACUAGAUCGUUUGGCGGCGUGGGACUGUAUGUUCAAAAAGGAAUUAAAGCGACGCCCAUACUCAAAUCUACACAUGAGCCAGGAGAGAACAGAGCAAACCGUCUAGAGUUUCUGGCAAUUCAAGCAAAAAUUAACAACUAUAACAUCUGCGUUGUUGUGGUAUAUAACCCGUCUGGAUCCAAUCCGCUAUUCGCCCAGUGUUAUGAAAAGCUUUUGGUAGACCUACAUGAAUUUGAUUUUGACAGAAUCUAUCUCGUUGGCGACUAUAAUAUAAAUGUGGCCGCUAGUCGCCCCUGCGGUAAUAUGAUGGCCCUGAAUCGAAUUCACUCAUUUUUUAACUUAAGUCUUCUACCAACUACGGCCACACGAAUUACCGAGCAGAGCGCGACAACCAUCGAUCUACUAGUAACAGACUCCCCUUCCUCAAUCUGCAAGUCAAACACGCACUAUGGAAGUGCUGUUUCAGACCACGAGGUAGUGUACCUGAUUGCCGAUGUCCGUGUACCCCGUACCGCUCUUCAAGCUAUACGAAUACGUAAUAUGCGUAGCAUUAAUACUGUUCGACUGCAAGCAGACUUCCAAGCAACUGAUUUACGAGAGAUAUACGACACGGCUGAUGUUAACCGCAAAGUUGAGCUGGCAACAGCAAAAUUGCAGUCCCUUUUGGAAGCUCACGCCCCGAGCAGAAUUAUUCAAGUUCGGGACAAGCGUACCCCCUGGAUUACCCGAGACAUCGAAGAGGCUAUAACAGUAAGAGACCUCGCCUAUACGCUAUAUGUAAGAAAUCCCAACCGCUCCAGAAACUCACCGCAAUGGCAGGAGUAUGUACAAAAUCGCGAUAGGGUUAAAUCGCUGAUCUUUAACGCUAAAAAGCAAUAUGCUGACAGAAAUUUUGCACACGAUCUCCCAGCCAAACAACUUUGGAACAACCUGAAGAGAGAAGGAAUACACACAAAUUCAAAGAACAAAUCCCCCAACGAUUUUGAUGGUGAUCAACUUAACCAGUUUUUCACUGAAGGACAUCUACUGCUGCAAAACAGACGCAAUAUUCCGCCCUCCACGCAUAUCGAAACUCAACGCAUAGUUAUCCAGCAAGAACUUCUCUUUCGGCCUACCAGUGUUAUUGAAGUGGCCAAGAAAAUGUCCGAGAUUUCGUCCAAUGCUAUCGGAAGCGAUGAUUUACCUAUUUCGUUUGUGAAAAUGUUGAGCCCGUUCAUUCUCCCACUACUGAAACACAUUUUCAAUGCCAUCAUCGCGUGUAAAGUAUUUCCAUCAUCUUGGAAAAAAGCGGUUGUAACACCAAUUCCAAAAUCGAAUAAUAUUACUACUCUCAAAGAUUUUCGACCCAUUAGCGUCCUUCCGGCGAUCUCAAAGAUUCUAGAGAAGAUUUUGCUUACACAAAUUGCCGAUCAUCUAGACAUCUAUAACCCACACUUGAUAGCCGAACAUCAGUCAGGUUUUCGACGCGGAUAUAGCACUACAACCGCACUUGCAGAAAUAACGCAUAACAUUUACAGCAACCUCGACAAACACCGAUGUACUGUAAUGGUGCUAGUUGACCUCUCACUAGCCUUCAAUUGCGUCAACCAUCAAAUCCUUCAACAAAAACUGAACCACGAAUUCGGAUUCUCGGCGGCAGCCUGUGAUCUGAUCUCAUCGUUUCUCGACCAACGCAGCCAAGUUGUCAAGCUAGGCGAGUCAACAUCACCAGAAAGACAACUAUUAGAUGGAACACCCCAAGGAUCGUGUUUGAGUGCUUUGCUGUUUAGCCUGUACAUCAACAGUCUCCCGAGUGUUCUUAAAUGCCGGUACCAGCUGUAUGCAGAUGACCUUCAAAUCUACACCUCUGGACUCGUGGGGGAUAAACGACCGGGCCAGGUCAUUUGUCCUCCCACAUCACUCAACUUCCAGCGGAAGGAGCGUGCUCAUAAGCGGGGCAACGAUGUGGAAUAG